AUGUCUUCUACCACAUCAGGGUCAAGAAAUCAAAGCCAGCACCACCAGCCCACCCGCCCAAAGGCACCGAGUUCAAAGGCUUCGUCCGUUGACACUGGAUACUUCCAAGAAACACCAAGGCUCAAGAACCAAUUCAAAGAUGAUGUCGCUAUCCAACGGAUUCUUUCUCUAUAUCUCUCACCCGUGCUCCUAAAGCCUCUCCACAAAGAACUUGAUUCACUUGCCUCAACAGCCCUUUCGCCAAAGGUUCUGACCUGGCUUCGCGAUGCCGAGACAAAUCCGCCAACACUCGAAUCACAUGACGCGUUCGCCAACCGAAACGAAAAUCUUCGGACAUCCGUAGGCUGGCGAAAACUGUCAGAGCUUGGCGCUCACGAGGGAAUUGUAGCCGAAGGUUAUGAAGGGAGAUAUGGAAGGAUUGGACAGUUUGCAAAGUACUACAUUCUGUCUCCAUCAUCCGCGAUUACAACAUGCCCAUUUGCCAUGACCGACGGUGCCGCCCGUCUGCUGGCACAGCAAAUCCCGAAAGCACCGUCUUCAACCCAGGGUAAAGUCUUUGCGAAUGCCCACUUUCGCCUGAUCUCGCGUGAUCAAUCGACGAGGUGGACAAGCGGCCAAUGGAUGACUGAGCGUCCACCAGGAUCAGAGGUUGGCCGUAGAGAGACGAUAGCAGUCUACUCCCCUCUUGCGGAGCCUACAAAUUUUGAUGACGUUGAUGAGCUGGGACCCUGGAUUAUCGAUGGCUACAAGUACAUCACCUCGGCAACAGAUGCCGACAUGACUAUCCUACUUGCGAGGACAGCAAGCGGGCUAAGUGCCUUUUAUGCGCCAACAAGGUUGCCCAAUGGUGACAGGAACGGAAUCAAGGUUGUGAGGUUGAAGAAGAGCACCGGAACAAUGGCAUUGCCUACUGCCGAGUUGGAAUUGAAUGGAAUGCGGGCAUGGCUGAUCGGAGCAGAGGGCGACGGUAUCAGGGAAAUAAGUACUGUAUUAAACGUUAGCAGAAUCCACAACUCUGUUACAGCGGUGAGCUUCAUGAGGAGGGGUUUGGCAAUUGCGAAGGCAUACGCCAAGGCCCGUGUUGUCGCGAAAAACAGGCCGCUCUGGACGAUGCCUCUGCAUUUGCGGACGUUAGCUGGCCUGGAGCUACUGCAUAGGGCUUCAACGCACUUGACCUUCCUCACUGUCCACCUUCUUUCGGUCAUUGAAGACUCCGCUUCACCCACCUCCAUCAAUUCCUCAGGAUACUUAUAUGUACCUUCGUCGGCCUCGGCGAUCCAGCUUUUCCGCAUACUGACACCAAUGACAAAGGCUCUCACUGCAAGGUUGGCCAUGAUUACUUUGUCGGAGUCCGUUGAAAGCCUGGGCGGAAUUGGACCCAAUGAGACUGAAGAGCCCAUGAACAUUGCCCGUCUACUACGGGACACACAGGUUUUGUCCAUCUGGGAAGGCACAACAAACGUCCUCAUCACAGAUCUAAUUAGCGUCUUGAAACGAACAAGUAGAGCAGGAGGGGAAGGAAGAUCAUGGGAGGUUAUUAAUGAAUUCGUGGAGGAGAACCUGGGGCGCGGCGGAAGAGCUGGAGAGGCCGGAGAGAUCCUAGAAAGAUGCAAGGUUGUUCUAUGGAAAGAAUGGAAAGAAUUUGAGAGCAUUCUUGACACAAGGAGUAAGGAGGAACUUACCCGUUCUGGAAGGGCUGUUCUCUGGAGACUCGGCUGGGUUAUCUGUGGUGUCCUUCUGAUUAUGGAUGCCAGGCGUGACGGAGACCGUGUUGCAACGGACCUGGCGAAGCGAUGGAUCCUAGAAAGGGGCGGCAUCUGGGGUUGGGAUGAUGAUAGAGGAAAUGAAGAGGAAGAACGACGAGUGGAGGACAGAACAGGGGACGACUGCCUGGUUGUCUUUGGAGAGGAGCUUCCAACUGGCGCAGAAGGACGACCUAAAUUGUGA